AUGCUAUCUCCUCUAAAAACGCUUAAGAAUGACAAAACAAUAUUGAUUACCAAACCAGAUAAAGGUCGGGGUGUUGUCAUCUUAAGUAGUUGUGACUACAAACAAAAGAUCUUGUACAUUCUCAGUGACCACACGAAAUUCAAAAGAAUUAUCACUGAGGUAUCAACUCAUCUAUUAUACCUCGAAGACAAAUUAAAACGACUACUCCGGAUCAUUAAAACCUCCGUUAAUGAAAGCACUUAUAAUUUUCUUAUGAAUUCCGGCUCCAGACCUGGUCUUCUCUAUGGACUCCCCAAAGUUCAUAAACCUAACAUUCCCCUAAGGCCCAUUAUUUCUUCGAUUGGCAAUUUUAACUAUAACACUGCAAAAUUCCUGGUUCCUAUCAUAUCCCCUCUAACUAUCAAUCAGUACACAAUUGAAAACUCUACUACCUUUGUAAAUGAAAUUACAUCCCUAACAUUCCAACAACCCAUUACCAUGAGAAAUGAAAGGAACCGCCUGGAAGAAGAGCUUCCACCUCCCACUAAGAUGAAGCAACAUUUGGGUGGCUGCUUCAGAGGGAUGAGCAAAAGGGUUCCAAGCAAUGAUGUCCACAAACAGGGGGCUGAUCCCCCCGGGCAAGGUUUUUAA